UUCCAUUUUUAGCAGUAAUCUGCUAAAUUUUGAAAAAAGGGUUCUAGGUAGCACAAGUGGAGAGAAGAGUCGGCCCAAAAGAUCCACUCAGAAGUUGCUCUUGGAAUCUCUCAAUGAUUAACUUGUGACAAACAAGAGCAUGCAUAAUUAGUCAUAAAAAAGGAUGUUGCCACACAUUUUUGUUACCGAGACUCCGGUGAAGAGGAAAAUCUAUGAAUCAGCUCAAAGCAAUGAUGUAGAAGGAGAUUUUGUACUAUCUUUUGCAUAUGUGCCAACUCUGCUAAAGGGUUGAAAGGUGCCGUCAUUGAACAAUCUUAAGGAGGAAUUUGACGAGGAAUAAAUACCAUCAACAAGAAUAUUUUCAUAAACGUUCCACUUUUGUUGUCUCAAUCAAGAUAUAACCUGACUACAGAGUCUAAAUUGACUGAGGAGGUGCUCAAGGAAGGUUUGAACCAUAAGCGUAUGAGGCUAGAAGCAUCUGUUGGUAAUGACACACAGGAGUUAUCUCAAGAAAGAUUUGGUAACAACUCUAAUCAGAAUAUCAGUGGGAUGGGUUCAUUCUUACAAAAAUUUCAGACCAGUGAUUACAUGUAAGGGAUCAACACUUCUAAGGCUCACUAAGCCAAGUAACAAACCUUCCAAGCACAAGGAGGAGAAGAAGAAAGUUGAAGAUGUCCUUACAGUUGAAGAAUUAGAGUCACUCAAUAACAAUAAUUCUUCUAGAAGCAAAUAAAGAGAUCCACAAUUAUCACAAAGAACCCCGUCAAAGUAACCGAAUCAAGGAGUCUCUCAAAAGAAAGGAAGAGGAGAAGAAGCGACUAAAAGAAGAUCGUAAGACCAAAGAAGCAGAAGAUGCGAAUAGAAGCAAGCUUUAGGCUCAAGGAAUUCAACAAAAUCAACAAAAGCCAUCUAUGCAAAGAGUGUAAUAAAGUGAUACCGCUACAUGAAAAUACCAAAGCUAUUAGAAGGAUGAGGUUCCAUAAGAAAUGAUUUGAUAAUUCCGCUUAUAAGGAUCUGAACUCUCAAUCUUCAAAAUCACUAAAUCCCAAAGGAAGAGGUAGAUCUAAAGGCUCCUAAGCCCUCUGAUUGCACUCAGGCCUCCUCUAAGCCCACGUCUACCCCACGCGUGGCAAAAGACGUCCAAAUACAGUGAAAAAUUAUCGAGUCCAGGACCAAAAUUCAACAAAAUCCCCCGCAAAGACCACUUGUUUCACAAAAACUCCUAACAGACAUCCGACUCCAUUCCCGCAGAAAGUACGGAAGGCCGUCCGCAAAUAAGCUUUAGGCUUACUUAAU